AUGAGAUCAAACACAGUGACGAAAAGAAAGUAUUUUCUCAUUACUAUUAUUCUUACCUUCAUAGUUUUAUUGUACAUUGUAAGAACUCCGAGCAAUCAAUUGAGAGAAAUAUUCGGUCGAAGUGGGAAAAAUGUGUCACCUAGAAAUGAUGAUAACCAUGGAUAUAUCACUGAAGAAGGUAUCAUAAUUGAUCCAACGAGACGAUUGGAUAGAGUUCUUCCUGUUUCUCACGUGUUCAUAACCUCAGCUUACUACUAUCCAACAUCCAAAUCAUUGGGUCCAAAUGCAAUCGCUCUCAAUAUGGUAGUAGAUUCGGUUAAUUUCAAUGUAGAGAACGCAACUUACAAUGUAGUUGGAAGUAAUGGAACACAUCAAGAGUUUUCAGUAGCUACCUCGAAAGUCGAAGGCGUUCCAAGUUGUCGAUAUACAACUGCCAUGGCCAAAACAAGUACUGUAGCUAAUCUGAAGAAGUUGGAGAUGGAAUCAAAUGGAGUCAAAGUAGAGAUUCCAUUCAAACUAGCACGUUACUCUGCUCCAAAACCAGUCAUAAUCUGUAUCUCUCCACAAUUCGGUGGACAUCUCCACAUGUAUAUAACCUCAAUGAUUGAAUCUUAUUUUGAAUUAAUGAAAGUAUACGAACGACUAGGAUAUCUCACUCUAGAUUACUGGUUGCGUAUGAAAUUCACCACUGUGGAGACUCCAUACUUCGAACCAAAUGGGAAUAUUGAGUGGAGAAAUCAGGCUGGAGCAGAGACAGAUUGUCUUCUUCAAUACAAAGAAGCAGCUGAAUAUAUUGCAUUUUUUGAUAUGGAUGAUAUACUUUUCCCCGCGAGUUAUCCGACAUAUCUGGAAGAAUUCAAUGCCGAAUGGGCACUACAACCAAAUGCAACUUCUCUGUUGUAUGGAAGACGAGAACAUGAGUUCAUAAAAGCAAGAUCAAUGUUUGAAUUCAGUUUCGUAGAACUAGUCGACAGUCUCCGAUCUUCCCCAACAGUAAAACGUGGAAAAGUAGUCGUGAAACCAGAAACCUAUAACCACACGUGGAUUCAUUACAGCUGGCAUGAAGAUCCGACUACUAGACAUAAUGUCUCGUUCCCUCAUCUAGUUCAUGUUCAACGACCACUUCAGAAAAACGGAGAAAAUAAUAUCACCCAGUUAUGGAAAAUGGAAUUUGGACCUUUGAAUGAAACAAUCCGAUUGGAAGAUGUAAAAGCAAUUGAACAAGAUUAUUGGGGAAUUCGAAACAUCACAAGAGUAUUUGAGUUGGCCAAGAGACUUCCGAACGAGGAUUACUAUCUUCCUAUCGUCUUCCAGUGCUAUUAUGACUCUUUUUAUGGCUUCAUUUUUGACGGAAAAAGAAGAAUUGGACCAAUGCAGUGCCCGAAUGCAGAUUUAUGUGAACUACCUCAAAGAGACGAAUAUCGAUGUGUACAUUCAGAUGCUGAAUACUUCUCCGGACCUCCCAUGGAACCGUUCACUUUUCAUUUCUCGAGUAAUUCAUUCUGGUCUAAAGACAUCGGGUGUUUUCAAUAG